CCACUUACAUGACCCUGUACCGAGUUUAUUUCAUCGUCGCGUACGAAGCAAUUCAUUCAUUGAGAGCGUUCGCUCAGCAUUCGUACGGACUGGCCCUUCCGUACCGUUCGCCACACAGUGUGCCUUAUUUAUCUCCGUACACUGUUUGACAGUUCUCUCCUCUGUAACAUUUUUGCAGCAAUUUACAAGUGAUACUGAGCUCUCUUUGUGAGGGUUCUCUGGCACUCAAAGCACACCCACGAUGAAUCAACUCUAGCAAGCUGCGUCCUCGUCGUCCGGCCCGGCAGCCCGGCGUGUAUUGACCGUGCGUGGUGCGGUGACGCAAAGCGGGUCAGUUCAGUUCUCUUGCACGGCUGUAUAUCACAGCAAGUGACCACUUCACGAGAAGGUCCAUUCAUGCCACACACGAUCUACCCCGAAGAUCCCUGCUCAGGUCCAGCUACCAUGGCUGUCAACCUCGGUAUGGAAGCUCCUACCUCCACCAGCUCAAACCAUGGAUUACUGACCGUGCAUAUCCACCCAACCACCGGUGGCAGGUUUACCGUGGAAAUACCCCGGCACGCAUCGGUUGAUGUGCUCAAGACCAAAAUUUCCAAGCAACUUCGAAUAGCCAAGGAAAGGCUAACACUGCUGCACCGUGAAACGCAUCUCAAGCGCGGGACGCUUGAGGAGAACCUCGUCACGGACGGCAGCAAACUAACGCUUCUUCCAUUGGUUGAAAGUGGGCUUGUGUCACAGCGACAAGACCAGACGCUAAUGCAAGCUUUGCAAACUUUGAGCGAGACGCAGGUGGAUAAUUUCCUCAAUGGCAAGCAACCUUUGACCCUUGCUCUUCGACUUGGGAGUCACAUGGUAUAUGUCCAGCUCCAGUUGGCUGGUACCCCAGGCCAACACAGCUUUCUCAACUGCCACAAAGCUGCCGCGCCCAGUCAACCAAAGCCAGUAGUCACUCAUCACCAGGCCACGCCCACAGCAUCCACCUGCCAAUCACCACCUGUCAGCAAAGAAUAUCAGCCACCAUGCCCUCAGUCGCAGUGCCCCCUCCACGGCAAGACGGCAUGUAUGGCACCCUCAUUAGCCAACAGACCUCCGCAGCAGUACCCAAGCAAUAUACCGCCCUCGUCAUGCGGCCACGCCCGACCGAUGGCAUCAGCGCCGUCACCAUCCCCACCCUCUCCCCCGACCUGGCCUCGAUCUGGGGCCUGCAUCGAUAGCGUCCAUCAACAUUCACCGGGAGUGUUCUCAGGAACCUUCUCAGGUAUCCUGAGUGCAGCGGUUCAGGAUGGUCAAGGCAGGCCCAAGAAAGACAUCAGUACCAUUGCCCACAUCUUGGGCGACCUCCUUCAUGCUGCACCUCUCUACCGACAACAUAUCCAUCAGCAUCGGCGGCAGAGGGCGUCUUGUGCCCAGGCUCAUCACGCUCAGAGAACAACAGGAAACAAUGCUGCCCCAGCUAGUUCAGGAGGAGGUGUUCCAGUCAGACCUCAAACUCCACCCGAAAAGAAACAAUUCAUCAUGCAGGAGAACAACCACACUCGCAGCAAGAUGGCAUAUUUGCAGGAGAUGAUGAGGGAACGCCAGGCACGACGACAGGCACGGCGCAACACACGGGCCCCUUAUCCUGGCCAGGACCACAGCCAAAGGAACAACGCCAGCCACGUUGAGAAGGCCCUCAGCCCAGGGGAGAACAGCAAAGAUCGGGCCUUGGCCGACAACUGCUACCCUGCUUUAAAGCAAGACUACCUGGCCGUAUGAAGGGGCGGCCGGUUCACAGGCGCUUGGCUCGUCACGGAGGAAUCUGGCAGUUUAUGAAGUUUAUGGCAAUAAACUGGCAACUCGCUGGGACCAAUUGACGCAUACCUUGGAGUUCCCAGGGUGCCCAGGGAAAAACCUUCCAUGAGUGCGAGACGUUGUGGCGGUUGAACAGAGGCAUCGGACUUGAAAGCAAAAGUCCGAAACAAACAAGGAGAACAAUGUACAAAAAGACUGCGUUUGCACAGGUGAUGAGAUGGCUUACUGAGGCCACACACUGUCUAGGGUGUGUAAGUAGGCAGGGUGUUUGUGGCGUUUUCUUUUAGUCAGAGGCAUUGUCGUCUGGCCAUUUUUGUUAUCUUUCUGAUUGCUGUACAUUUGGAAAACACAGAACAUAUCACUACAGAAAAGAUUUGUGAAAAGUGUGCGCACGGUUUGGUGAAAGUCUGUGGAUUGAGUGACACAGCUCCACUGGUCUGUUGUCUUACUUUCACGCCCGCAAGGAAUCAUUGGAUAUGCUGGUGAUAUAUGGCCGAGUGGGACCGUGGAGGAAAAGAUGAUUCAACCAAUCCUUGUAAUUAAUAAUACGUACGAAUCACUCUUUUUAAAUAAUGCAAUUAAGUUAAGUGAUCUUUCAACAUUAGCUGUCGCCGAACUGGUUCGCCGCGACUUAGGGAACAGUUUCUAACUUGGUAUUUAAAUUUUUUUGUAACAUAAGUGAUUAGGGCAAAUUGUAAGCCGCAGACACGCUUCUGUGGUUCAAUGCCUACGUGUCUGUUUGUAAGAUAAUUCACUUUUUGUAUCAGCAGAAAUUAGGUGUGCCACGCAUGUAUUUUGUUAGUCUUAUUCGGUGGUUGAUAACUAACUGUUUGAAUGUCACGAGUAAUCAUAGUUUGUUAAUGCAUUUUGUAGAGCGGUUUUUCCGCCUGUACGCACAAACAGACAUGCGUUAACUAAGUCGUCAUGACCUCUCCGGUCACGGGGUUAUUUUGAUACGUUAAAAUUACUAACAAUUGAGAUUAUUUAAUAAUUAUGUUAUGGCGAUUUUUUUUGUUUUGACUGGUUUUGGUAAAACAACAUGAAGUGCUGUUUAGUGAUUUUUAAUCUCUCUUUUUUGUUUAAUUUCUUUCACCUGUGUGUGGACUGAGAGCAGUAUUAAGCUUUUCAGGAGUGAUUUCAAGAAAAAGUUCGACGAUUGUUUCUCUUUUGAAAGUACAAAUGGUUUGCAAUGAUUAAUUACUAGGAUAUCAUAGUAUUUGGCUCAUGUCAUUGCUGAGAUUGAUAACUUUAUUUUUUACAUUUCCAAGAAAAAAAUUCCCAUGAUAUUGGUGUGCCGAAUUACAGUGCCACCUCAAACUUUGUAGUCCGAAUCAGUGAUAACAGAAGUUAUUUCGCCUCACCUGAGAUGGUAUAGUUAUACAUAGAUAUAGUGUUGUUUGUAUUUUUAGAUGUAGGUCGGUGUUUACAGCCGAUGUGAAAUUUAGCUUCGUACGAAUUCCACGGCGGACUCAAGUAGUUUUUUGAUACCCGAUCACCCUAGCCGUGAUGUUGUUAUACCUCGAAUUUAACUUGUAAACAAAUAGAGAAUGCGAUGAGUUGGUGGAAAAAAAAAAACUCGCGUGUGAAAUUGAGAGAAUUUGUGUGAAUCGACCGAGAUUGAGAGUUAGGUCGAAACAAUUCUUCCAGUACAAAUUGAUAUUUGUAUAUUAUUACAAACAUAUCAUCGUGAGGCAUAUUUGAAGCCUGUUCGUAUUGCGUUGCCUAUACUAUUGCAAUGAAAAGUGUGGGAACACACUGUUUUUUUUUCUAAGUAUAUAGUCAAUUUGCCUCUGCUACAUUGUUGUUCGUAAGCAAUGUUUUCAGCCAAUGAGAACUUAGUAUUCAGACACCGUCUUUCGCGAUGUAAAUUCCACCCUGUAACAGAAAUGUGAAUUUCCUUGCAGGUGGCUUAAUUCAACAUUCACUGAAUAAUUGUAAUUUUGGCGUCGUCUAUUUUGUGACGUAACAUAGACGGUGGUUGAGAAGUUUCUGAUUGGGCGAAAGAGCGAGGCAAACCUAUAUUUUCACUACUGCAAAAUAUAUCUGUUCUUUGAUUACGAAAUUGAAUGAUUGUCAUAUUAUUAAAAAAGUUAAGAUUAGUCGAAGCGUUAUAACACCGCCCUCAUAGUUUGACCGAGGUCACGUAAAGCUCUGUGUACAUAAUUGUUUUGGGAGUGCAUAUUUUGUUCCGGACCGUUGUAAUAUGAAGAGCUGGAAAAGACAAAAUGGAUGCCGACAUAAUAAAAAAAGGGCGAAUAACAGGAAUAAAAAA